UUAUCCGAAACUAUCAACUGCUUGCGGGCAUUACCGGCCGCAAAAUUACUCGACGACAUGUGGUCUGAUUUGGAGUUCCUCGAGUUUCCGUUCGUGCCGGUCUCUCGAGAUCGUAACUUCUUUCGACAGUACGACGGUUUCACGGCACUUCGACAAGGGCAAUUCAACAAGAAUGUUAACAUUAUGAUUGGCAUUAACCACGAUGAAGGGAAUUUCUGGAAUAUUUAUAACUUGCCUGAAUAUUUCGAUAAGCCAGAGCAACCGCAACUGACUCAAGAGGAUUUUUUGAAGUGUGUCCAGACCGUAUUCCACUCACAACCUGAGGUGGUACGUGAUGCGGCCUCAUUCGUCUAUCUGGAUCGUAAAUGCCAGCAUGGUCUCGGUAAAAGUAAAUAUUACGCUGAACAAGUGAGUGCUUAA